AUGGAGGAGUCUAAUGAGGAGGCUAACGUCGUUCCGGAGCUCUACUUUCUGAUAGCGAAAUUUCUCUCCGGCGGCCCCCUGAAAGAGACUGCAAAGACUUUGCUCAAAGAACUCGAGAGCGUAGAGGUGCUGCCUAGACGGCUCGACUGGGAGGGCAAUGAUCACGCACAGUCCUACGAUGAAUUGGCAGCUCAGUACAGCGAUGUAUCGUGGCGGAGGUUGGCAGCUGUGUGCGAGCGGGCGUUGCAGCUGGCCAGCAGUGAAGUCGUCGACACGGGCACUAGCACCGGCACCAACAACGGCACCAUCUCAAACAACAGUUGCCCCACCAGCUCCAGCAACAGCGUGGUCAGCGUUGCAACAGGUGGCAACGGCACAUGCAACGACCACCAGCGGCUCAGGCUGCGCGCCCGCCUCUCGCUGCUCAGCGAGUCGCUGGUGAGGCCCAAACCGAAGUACUCCGCUUACAAGCAGGACCACACACUCGUUCGCAGACUGGCCAACCGGGAGCUGGGCGGCGUGACGCGACCGCCGGGCAGGCCGUUCCCCGCGCGGCUCCUCUCCGGGCUGCAGCUGCAGCGGCGCACGCUCGGCCACCUGUCGGCGGUGUACUGCCUGGUGUUCGACUGCACGGGCCGCUACGUGGUGACGGUGAGCGGCGGGGCGGGGCCGUGUUUGGGCCGACGUGACGGCGACGUGACGGCGGCGUGUGUGGUGCAGGGCGCGGACGACCUGCUGGUGAAGGUGUGGUGCGCGCUGGACGGGCGGCUGCUGAGCACUUUGCGCGGCGCGGGCGCGGAGAUCACGGACGUGUGCGCGUCGGCGGACGGCGCGCUGCUGGCGUGCGGCUCCGUGGAGCGGCUGGUGCGCGUGUGGUGCCUGGCCACGGGCGCGCCGCGCGCCGUGCUGCACGCGCACGCCGGCACCAUCACGUCGGUGCACUGGGCGCCGCCCGCGCACGGCGACGUGCGCUGGCUGGCCUCCACGUCCACGGACGGCUCGGUGGCCUUCUGGACGUGCGCGGCCGACGGCCAGUUCCUGUCGCGGCCCGUGCAGUUCGUGGAGCGCAUGCGGCCCGGCGCCUGCCACAUGAUCUGCGCCGCCUGGUCGGCCGGCGGCGCCUUCCUGGCGGCCGGCAGCGCCGACCACCACGUGCGCGUCUACUGCCUCGAGGCGGCCGGCCCGCGCCGCGUGCUCGAGACGGCCGUGCACGGCGACGCCGUCGACUCCAUCGCGUGGGCCCACAGGGGCCUGCGGCUGGUCUCCGGCAGCAAGGACGGCAGCGCGGCGCUGUGGACGCUGCACGCCACGCAGUGGCGCCACGUGCUGCUGCAGGACCACACCAAGAGGCUCAAGGUUACCAUGGUGUGCUGGGAUCGGAGCGACGCCUACGUCUUGACCGCCGUUUCAGACAACACCGUUAGGGUGUGGUGCUCGCGCAGCUGCCGGCAGGUGCGCGUGCUGCAGGGGCACCUCGACGAGGCGUACGUGCUGGAGGCGCACCCGCUGCUGGGCGGCGUGGUGCUCUCGGCCGGCCACGACGGCCAGCUCUUCGUGUGGGACCUGGCCGCCGGCGAGCCGCUGGCGCGCUUCCACAACCGCAUCGAGGGCCAGGGCGACGGCGCCAUCUUCGACGCCAAGUGGGGCGGCGGCUGCAGCGUGGCCGCCUCCGACUCGCACGGCCACCUGCUGCUGCUCGGCCUCGGCCUCGGCCACCGGCUGCUGCGCCAGCUGCCCGCCGAGCUCUUCUUCCACACCGACUACAGGCCCCUGGUCCGCGACGCGCUCGGCGGCGCGCUGGACGAGCAGACGGAGACGCCGCCGCACCUGAUGCCGCCCCCGUUCCUGGUGGACGUGGAGGGGGCGCCCCACGCGCCGCAGCUGCAGCGGCUGGUGCCGGGCCGCGAGCGGCUGGCGCUGCGCCCGCUGCUGCCACGCGCGCGCGCGCCCGCCGCCACGGCCGCCACGGCGCCGCCCGCCCCCGCCCCCGCCCCCGCCCCCGCCCCGCACGGGCCGUGGCGCGGCGAGGGCGUGCGCCACACGGCCGGCUCGUGGCAGCGCGAGGACUCGCUGCCGCCCUGCGACCGCCCCGUGGUGCAGCCGCUGCCGGAGAGCGCGCGGCGAGCAAUAGAGCUGGCCAGCACGGAGAUGAACGAGUGGGAGUGCGCGUGGUACCGGCGCGAGAUGCGGCGGCGGCCCCUCAUGAUCAGCACGCUGGCCGAGGGGCCGGCGAGGCGCGCGGGCCGCCGCCCCCGCCCGCGCGCCGCCGCCCCCGCCCCCGCCGCCCUCGCGCUCGCGGCGCCCCACCGCCCGCGCCCCCGGCCCCGCCCCCGCCCACGCCGCGCCUCCGCGCCGCCCUCCGACGAGCCGCCCUCCGCCGCGGAGAGCCGCUCCAGCAGCGACACCUCGGACGAGUCGGUGCGCCUCUCCGCCUCGGCCGCCUCCGCCGCGGGGGGGCGCUCCUCGCAGUCCUCCCGCACCUCGCGCUCCUCGCGCUCCUACUGCUCCAGCGACUCGGACUCCGACAGCUCGCACUCAGCUCGUAGGACCGACAACAGUUCGGCGUCGUCGCAAUAUUCGGAUUGGCAGGCGGGGCCCGCCUUGGCACCGCCUGCCAGAGCACGCAGGAGGCCGCAGCCAACCGCCAGAUACAGUCCCAGCACGACGACGACGAAGCGCGGGGCGGCGAGCGCAGUGGCGAACGGGGCGGUGGGCGGAGUGGCGAGCGGGGCGGGCAGCGGAGCGGCGAGCGGAGCGACGAGCGGAGCGGCGAGCGGGGCGGGCGGCGAUCUGCCCGAGGCGUACCGCGUGGGCGAGUGGCUGACGGCCGUGACGCCGCGCAAGGCGCCCUACCAGCCGCAGAUGGGCGACCACCUGCUCUACUUCCGGCUGGGCCACCAGCGCUACUUCGAGGCGGUGGCAGAGAAGGACGUGUACAAGAUCAAUCCUAGGGACAAGCCGUGGGAGAUGAUGCACAUUUAUGAGUGCGAGUCCGCGAAGGUUGUGGGCAUCAAGUACGUGAUCAAGCCGCCGCGCGUGGUCUGCCUGCGGCUGGCCAGCGUGUGGCCCGGGGGAGGGGCAGGGGCAGGCGGAGGCGGAGGGGGAGGGGCGCGCAGCUUCACGGUGCGCUACCACGACAUGCCCGACGUGAUCGACUUCCUCGUGCUGAAGCAGCAGUACGACGCGGCCAUGGAGCGGCGCUGGGGCCCCGGGGACAGGUUCCGGUGCAUGAUCGACGACUCGUGGUGGACGGGCAUCGUGCUGGAGCGCACGGGCGGCGCGGAGGCGGAGGCGGAGGCGGGGGCGGGCGCGGGCGCGGAGGGCGGCGCGCGCUGGGCGGCGGCGGCGGCGGCGCACUUCCUGUCGCUGCGCGUGCGCUGGGACAACGGCGAGGUGGAGCGGCUGUCGCCGUGGGACCUGGAGCCGCUGGACCCGCAGCGGCUGCCCGAGGAGCCGGGCGGCGCGGUGCGCGUGCUGCCGGCCGAGCUGGCCGCCGUGGCGCAGCGCGCCGACGCCCUGGGCUGGCCCGCCGGCGCCUGCCGCGCCCUGGCGCGCCACACGGCGCUGCUCAUGACGCUCUCGGCGGCCGAGCCCUUCGUGGCGCCCGUCGACCUGCAGCUCUACCCCAGCUACGCGCGCCUCGUGCCCUACCCCGUGGACCUGUCCACGAUACGCGCCCGCUUCGAGAACCUGUACUACCGGCGCCCCGCGGCGGCGCAGUUCGACGCGCGCUGCCUGGCCAGCAACGCGGAGCGCUUCAACGAGCCGCACUCGCCGAUCGUGCGCCAGGCGCGCCUCGUCACCGACCUGCUGCUCUACAUCAUCAGCAACUGGCGGAACGCGGACGUGGUGGCCAAGUACCACGAGCUGGCGGCGGCGUACCAGUCGUCGGACGACGAGCCGCUGGCCGCCGCGCUGCACAAGGGGCGGCGCGCGAGGGGCUCGCGGGCGAGGGGCGCCGGGGGCGGGGCGGCCAGCGCGAGGGCGGGCGGGGGCGGCGAGGGCUCGGCGGGGGCCCGCUGGGUGGGCGCGUGCGGCGCGCUGCUGCACGAGCUGAGCGCCUCCGCCGACGCGGAGCCCUUCCGGCGGCCGGUGGAGCCCUCGCAGGCGCCGGACUACCUGCGCGUGGUGUCCAGCCCCAUGGACCUGGGCACGGUGCGCGAGCGCCUCGAGGGCGGCGCCUACUCGCGGCCCGAGCAGUUCGCGCGCGACGUCCGCCUCGUCUUCUCCAACAGCAGGCUCUACAACACCAACAAGCGCAGCCGGAUCUACUCGAUGACGGUGCGCUUGUCGUCGCUGUUCGAGGCGCUGUGGGCGCGCGUGGGGCGGGGCGGGGCGGGGAGCGGCGGGGGCGGCGGGGGCGGUGGGGGCGGGGCGAGGGGCGCCGGGCGCACCACGAGGCGCGCGGCGAGGCGCAGCCGCAGGGCCCCCAGGCGGAACACCGACGAGAGCGGCGCGGCGGGAGGGCGGCCGGGGUCCAGCUCGGAGUCGGAGCCUCUGGCGGCCACGUCGCGGCGGGUGCACGCGGCGCGCUCCAGCCCACGCCCACGCCCACGCCCACGCCCACGCGCGGGCACCGCCUCGGACAGCGACGCGCCGCUGCACGCGCACCGCAAGGGGAAGGGCGUCGGCAAGAAGAGCAAGACGAGCAGCUCGGAGCCGAUGCCCUCGACCAGCCAUGCGGUCGGCUCACAGGAAGGUGCGUGCGGGGCGGGGCGCGCGCCGUCCGAGGGCUCGGAGAGGUCCCACAUCGAGGUGCUGGAGGAGGAGCUGGCCGACGACGAGGUGGAGCUCACCUACGAGCCGGCGCACGCGCACCAGAGGACGCGGCGGAAGAGGGCGCGCGCGCGCAGCUCGGGCAGCAGCGGCGCCUCGCAGCCCCCUCGCCCCCCUCGCCCCCCGCGCCCCCUCCGCCCCCUCCGCCCGCCGCACAAGCGGGUGCGCGAGCGCUUCGCGUCGCCGUCGGGCUCCUCGUCGGGCUCGGGCUCCGCGUCGGGCUCGUCGGCGCGCUCCGGCCGCCGCUACGAGUCGGACCGCUCCUACCGCCCGCGCUACUCCACCGACGACGACGCGCCGCUGCUACUCUACAGGCAGAGGCAAGAGGGCGACGCGGCGGCCGGGCCCUCGGGGCGGGGCCACUCGCGGAGCGCGUCGCUGCGCGCGCGCCGCAGCCCCCGCCGCUACAACGAGGACAGCGAGGAGGACUCCAUCGCGGCGAUCAGCAAGCGGCUGCCCCACCACCACCAGCACCACCACCACCAGCACCAGCUGGCGAGGCGCAGGCAGCACCACGCCACGCAGGGCGCGGCCGCCAACGCGGCUCACACCGCCGACCACAACUACUUCAACGGCCACGCCCACGAGGCGCACGAGGCGCACGAGGCGCACGGGGCGCACGGGGCCCACAACGGACACGCUCGGGGCUCUGCGGGAUCAAGGGGCUCCGGGGGCUCGGCGGGGUCGGGGGGCUCGAGGGGCUCCGGGGGCUCGGGGGGCUCCGGGGGGCCGGUGUCCAUCUCGUCGCGCGGCCGCGUGCGCCGGCUGACGGCCAAGGCGCGCGGCCUGCUGCGCCCC